AAUUUGGAGAGGGCAAGAAGUUAGUAUGAUAGAAUGGUAUCAGCCUAUAUCAGAUUCAAUAGCACCCCUAAAUCAGGAUUUAUCUAUACCUAAAUCACAUUUACCAAAUAUUGGCCAAGUUAAUAUAGCUGAAAAUUCUAAUGGACAGACUUCAGCGUUUGAAACACAUCAAAUUAACAAAGAUAUUUUAUUGCAGAGUAAUGGUUCUUCGAACCUAUAUCUAAAUUCUAAUGUUACUUCUGAUAAGCGGGUUGACACGGUCAAUAAACUGACAAAAAAAGUAGGAGGAAAAGAUGAUAUGUAUACUUUAAUCAAACGUAAACACAGAGAAGCAGAAGAAGCCGAACAUGA